ACCAAGUCGUUGCGUGGUGUCCAUCAACCAACAUUUGAUGGCCAAUGGUGUGUUGACACAAAUAUACCUUUAAACUUGAAGGGGUAAGACGAGGAAACGUACGCGGGCAGCCGGGUAAAAAAGGGGAAAACUGAGUCGAAGCGAAGACGGAUCGAUCGUGAGCGGCAGAUUUUACAUCGGAUUUAAUUCGCCUGCAAGCUGUUGCUAAAUCGUCGUGGCGAAUUUCGGCACUUUGAUUUGCCAUCAGAGCUUUUUCCUCGUCUGAUUUCAAGAGCUUUUUUUAUUCAUUUCACCCGGGUUUAUUACAUGAGCGGCCUGACGAGACAUGGAGGCAGACGAGGCAUGCAGCCCGGUAUCCGACCCGCGCAGUAACCGGGCAGAUACUUUGUCAUUCAGCAUCAGUCGGAUCCUCAGCAAAUCCACGGGCCCCGCUUGUAGAAACGGGAAGACUGUUUCGAUAGCGAGGGAUGUACACUAUUACUCCAUGGGCCAGAUUAGCGGUUCCGGGACUCAACCUCACCACCAGGUGUCCCCUGAGCUGUAUUCUCGUUCCGCCUCCCCGUCUUCAUCGUCAACUCACACAUCGGCCUCACCCCCUGCCGCGUCGUCUGUUUCCGCGGUGGCAUCUUCACGGAGCGUGCCUGGCGGAAAUCCGCUGACGAGACACAUCGAGCAGAGCAAGGUACUCCGUGUCCCGGCGCAUCGCCCCAUGGCCUUGCCGUUUAACAGCAUGUUUCCGUGGAUGGAGAGUCGUCGACUUGCUAGGGACAGACUCACGGUCACAAGGCGAGUAGGACAUCCCUACCAGAAUCGGACUCCUCCGAAGCGGAAGAAACCCCGAACCUCCUUCACCCGACUGCAGAUCUGCGAGCUAGAGAAGCGCUUCCACCGACAGAAGUAUCUGGCGUCGGCCGAGCGGGCUGGCCUCGCUAAGACGCUCAAGAUGACGGACGCGCAGGUGAAGACGUGGUUUCAGAACAGACGGACCAAAUGGAGACGUCAAACUGCCGAGGAGCGAGAAGCCGAGAGACAAGCAGCAGCUCGUUUCAUGUUUACCCUUCAGCACGAAGUCAUGCUGAAGACCCUCCAAGAACCUGUACCACCUGACCCCCUCUGCCUCCACAACGCCUCCCUAAAUGCCCUACAGAAUCUCGCGCCGUGGGCCCCUGGCGAACAACAGCAGCAACAAUCACAGGUAGAGAAGCAACCAGAUGGGGACUCGGCCAGCAACGGGCAAGCUCACUCGCCACAAUGUUGAACCAAAUCUGAUGAUAUUCCUUAUUGGCAGGUUUUGGGCCGCUGCGACGUCAUCGGCAAUGAAAAUCACCAUUAAGCCACAUCAAUUAUUGACUAUGGGUCAACCGAACGGCUGCGCAAUAGCAACAGCGGCAGCAAAAUAACUGAUUGUAGACAGGAAACCAGCAUGCCAACACAAGCAGCAGAAUUGCUGCAGUAACAGCAAAGACAGAAGUUGUAACUUUUGAAAUCAAAAUCAAAUUCACGGAGAACUUAAUCAAGACAAGUUCUUGCAGCCGUGCGUAGUUGAUGAUUAGCGCCUGCAAAGCCCGCAACCAAUUUUUCAGCCAGUGUUAAGAUUCACACUCUCCCGACUCAAGAUGAUAUAACUGCAUGUAAGGCGUGUUGAAUACCUCAAUUGCCGUUUUAUCAGAGGACAUGGGCGUGAAGUUUUUAAUUACACAUCGCGCCAAAAUAACUCGUCAACGACAAACGACAGAGCAAUUAAUUACCUUUAUGACCUUGUGGCAAGACAAAAUGCGAAUUCACAGUUUGUUGUAGUGAGCAGGAUAAUGUUCAGGAUCACUUUAAUAUUCCCUUGAUUCUACCUACUGCAAUCCCAUGAAAUCUGCGCGUUAAGUUUUGUUUUCACCAAGCCGGAGGUGGUUGUAUUAGUUACAAAGACAACCAGCUAAAUUCCAUUUUAGCCAUCUGUGUUCCAACAGUUUUUUAUCCAUUGCAAAUUUUAGAGCUCUUAGUAACAGAGAACUGCCAAAAGCAUAUUUCAAAAUUCGCACACAAAAACUACACCCUUCUAUUUGCUAAUGCAUAGACAGCGUAACAUGUUGGCUUUGAAAUGUCUCGUUGUUUCAGCCAAAAGGCUAUAAUCACUGUCUGUUAUAAUAGGAUUACUGCUGUUACUAAUGAAAUGUGCAUUGACAGAAGUUGGUUGGAUCACAGAAAGAACAGAAAUGGGAGGGCCCUGUGUUGUGAUUAAUUGUAUAAAAUCACAGAUAUUUGCUGGUUAUGACUGAGCCCAAUUUGGAAAACUCUGUAAAUAAACAGCUUAUUGUAUUUAAAUUAUUGUAUUUAAUUAGGAGACUGUGGCGUUAUGUGUACAGGCCGAUGUCUUGAGGUUCGGUAAGA